CGUUCUUCAGAUAGAUUUCGUGCCGGUCGCGUCAACAAGUGCAGCGUGCAAAUAUCCGAAUAAUUAUUUAUAAGUUUUUCACCCGCCUUGUUACCAAACGGAUUUGUUUUUGCUAUACCUUAUGGCAGAGAAAAGGCUAAUUGAGGUGGUGAAGAGGCACAGGCUGCUUUACGACAUAAACGAUGCGAACUAUAUGAAGGUUAAAUUGAAAGGCCAGAUUUGGAGGGACAUUGCGAAGGAGUUGAAUUUAACGGAUGGGGAAGAAGCAAAAACGCUGUGGCUUAAACUGAGAGGCAGCUAUCGAGAUGCACGACGAAGGCAACUGAGAUGUGUGAAGACUGGCACUGCUCCUGAGAGUAUAAAGCCAUGGAGAUUUCAGAAGCAGAUGUCAUUUUUGGAAUCCUGUAUGUCAGCUGGGUCCCACGAAGGAAACGCAAAUGUUGGAAGUGAUGAGGAUUCACUAUCCCUUGAACGAAUCUUAAACAACGAUAGCACAAAAGGAAGUAAAUUCAACGCAAAUAUUAAGGUACGUGAGGAAUCAUGUGAUGAGGACACCAGAAGCAGCGAUGAAGAAUACGAUAAACAGCCAAGUAAAACAAGGACAAAUAGUGACAGCCGUGGCUCAGCACAGCGUCCUAGACAAUUACGCGAGGAUAGGUCACGGGAACGAGCGGAUGAAAAAAGAACACUGCAUUCAAACAGUAGUGAUGAUGCACUCCAUAGUUUUUUCGUAACCAUGUACCAAUUCACUAAAACCAUGCCGCCCGAAUACCAGCAUAGAGUAAGAGGCCAGGUUUUCCAGGUUGUAUCGCAGGCGGAGGAGGAAAUUAUGAACAUGGGCAGACAAUCGCCUUCGACCUUAUCAAGUUCACAUCAACAGUUUGAAACAGUUCACAUAGCUGAAUCCAACCCAUUUGAUGGUGAACAAUAGUUAAUAAGUAUUCACGCAAGAUUCGUUUCAUGCGAUAAAAUUUGUUUGUUUUAUAUAUAAUAAGAUAAAUUAGAUGCAAUUUGUUGCGGCACACGUCACGUUAUUAUGCAUUGUAUCUAUAUAUUGCGGCAUACGCCACAUCAGUAUCAUUCCAUACAACAAUUAUAAGUAUUGUAUGUACCCAAAACCCAAUCCAUUUAAAACAAGAGGAUUAGCGUAGGUCAUUCCCAUCUAAUCCCUAUCGUAUUGUCUCGAAGGAUAGGAUAUAGAAGCAAAUCCAGAAAAUGUGGCCUAUAUAAAGCGAUGAGAUAUCCAGCACGCUCUCUUACUCUGCUUCAAAUUAGAUAGCGUACAACAUCAUCGAAAGUGUCUCAUCUGCAUUGUGAUAUCAUAAAUAAAAUUAUUAUAUCGGAAUUAAAAUUAGUUGAAAUAAACCCGGACUUAGAAAUUA